UGAAUAGGUUCAGGGCUGCCAACCCAAAUGAAUACGUUACCAAAGAGUCCUUUGCAGGAAUGUUCCUGCCAGUGUACACAAGGGUCAUGAGUAGAGAGAAAAUAGUAAAAUCCUUUAAAAAAUGUGGCAUACAGCCAUUUAAUCAAGACGCUCCUGAUUAUACCAAGCUCACUCUUGAAGAAGCCCACUCCGGAGACAGUCGAAUAUUUGAAAGAGUGCUUCAAGACGGUCGUGUUGAAGCUUCCACUCAAGUUGAAAAUUUUUUUCAUGUCAAUGUUGCGACACAGACAUCCUCUGACAUCAUCUUGUCUGGUAACAUAAGUACUAGCACGAUGGAAGGACUGGGAGCAGGCCCAAACAUUCACCUGAUAACAAAAUCAUUUGAUGACUUUGUCAUCGAUUCGCCACGAUUUGAUUCACUCAGAAUGGUGAAGAGGCAAAAUUGGUUCCAAUAUGUUUUUGAUCGAAAUCAUCGGCAAGAGGAUGCACCAGCUGUUGAUUCCCUUGUUGUUUCCCCUGUUCAUUCACCUAGUAUUCAUUCUAGUUCAGAUGCACAGUGUUCCUCAAUGUCAGUUCCUCCAAACAGGACUAGGCCUAUGUUGGUAGAACCUCAAAGACAAGCAAGACCACCUGCGAUUAGUCCUGCUCUUAAAAAUCAUAAGUGGUUCCCUUCUCCAAAAAAAGCUAUCGGUUAGUGUAUUAACUAGGCUACCUAUAUUUUAAAUUUAUUAUUAUAAUUUCCAUUUUUAAUCUCAGUAAAAUUACCACAUGUAGCCUAUGGUCAUAAAUUUACUUUAUUAUAACCUGAUUAUUAUUUUAAUUUUUAUUGGAAAGGUUCGUACAGUGGCUCAAGAACUUCAUGCCACAUCUGUAGUGACUUCAGAUAAAGUUGUCUCGAUACUAGAAGGUAUUAGGCUUGAAAAAAAAAAACAAGAACAAGCAAAAGAGGAGAGAAAAACAAAGCGCUUAGUUGCUGAAUUAGCUAAACGCAACAAACCAAGUGUUCCAGCUAAAAGAAAGUUGCUGCCAGCAACAAAAAUGGCAAAGAAGAAACCAAAAAAAUUUUCCAUUACAUAAAAAAAUUAUUCAACAAUUAUUUAAAUAUAUUUUUAAUACCAAAUAACUAAAAAAAAGAACUCAUUUUUUAAAAAGUCUGAGGGUGGCGAACACUGGAACAGGUUCAAAAAAUUGCCUGGCGAUCACGGGGACCGUUCCAGUGUCCGCCACUUUCAACUUUCGGGGGCUAUAGCCCCCUUAUUAAUUAUCGGAGGUCAUUCGUUCCAAGUACAGCGUA